GUCAGCUGACGGGAAGUGUUGGUACAAAUCACGUGACAGCAGGGACUAACAUCUUGCAGUCUAAUGUCGGUUUACUUAAUAUUAUUGCACAUUUCUACAGAUAAGAACACUUCAUUUUCAUAAUAUGGAUUUUUAUACUGCUAAUUGGUACCCGUUGGGGCAAGCGUAUUAUCGUAAAUUUGAUUUGUAUCGAAUGGAAUGGAAUCUAAGAGAGGAUUUUAAAGAUUGUCUGGUAACAGCAGCACCUUAUGGAGGACCAAUAGCUAUAAUAAGAAAACCCAGUGGGUCACGUCCUGUAUUGGAGAUUUAUUCAGCUUCAGGAGUUCUUUUAUCUUUUCUUGAGUGGAAAAGCGGAAAUGUUGUUUACCUGGGGUGGACUGUUACUGAGGACCUUAUUUGUAUCCAAGAAGAUGGUACUGUGCUAAUAUAUGAUAUAUUUUGUGUGUUUAAGCGACGUUUCAGUAUGGGUAGUGAAAUGUCACAGAACCAAGUUUUGGAAGCAAAGGUUUUUCACACAGAAUAUGGAACUGGUAUUACCAUAUUAACUGGUGCUCUAAGAUUUAAUCUAUCAUCAAAUAUUGAUGAAUUGAAAUUGCGCAGGAUGCCAGAAAUAACAGGUUCCAAGGCUAAACCUUCAUGUUGGACAGUCCUUUUUAAAGACAGAACAGCAUAUAUUUUGGUGGCAAUUGGCAAGGACCUGUACCUCUUGGAUGAAACAGGCUGCAAUACAUUGACACUUCCUGGAAUGAAUCCCAAUGCUGGAAAUUUCCUGCAGGUGUCGGUAUCUUUUCAUUAUAAGUACCUUGCAAUUUUCACAGAAACUGGUUAUAUUUGGAUGGGAACAUCCUCUCUAAAGGAGAAACUCUGUGAGUUUACUACAGAUAUGCGACUUGUGCCAAAACAGAUGGCCUGGUGCAUACGGCCACGGAGCAAACACUAUGCAGUUGCAGUAAUGUGGGAUAAACUGCUCAUUUUAGCUGGGAAAUCUACAGAUUGCAUAUCAUUCUCUUUGGAUGAAGAAUCCUAUAUGGUACCAGAACUUGAUGGAAUCAGAAUUUUCUCUCAUUCUACUCAUGAAUUUCUGCAUGAAAUACCAAAAGCAACUGAGGAAAUUUUCAAAAUUGCCUCGAUGGCUCCUGGUGCUCUUUUGCUUGAGGCACAAAAAGAAUAUGAGAAAGAAAGUCAGAAGGCUGAUGAUUAUCUGCGUGAGAUAAAGGAUCAAAACCUUCUGUCUGAAGCUGUGGAGCAAUGUAUAGAAGCAGCUGGGUAUGAACAUGCACCAGAAAUGCAGAAAUCACUGCUGAGAGCUGCCAUGUUUGGAAAAUGCUUUGUGGAUAAGUUUUCUCCUGCAGCCUAUGUAGCCAUGUGGCAUGAUCUUCGUGUCUUAAAUGCUGUACAUGACUAUAAAAUUGGGAUACCGAUAAGCAUAACCCAAUACAAGCAAUUAACUAUUCAAGUUCUUCUGGACAGAUUAGUUUUGCGAAGACAUUACCCUCUUGCCAUAAAAAUUUCAGAAUAUCUGAAACUCUCAGACUUUCAAGGAGUCAGUCGGAUUUUGGCUCACUGGGCUUGUUACAAGGUUCAGCAAAAAGAAAAGUCUGAUGAAGAAGUGGCUCAAGCCAUUAACCAGAAGCUUGGUGACACUCCAGGAAUAUCAUAUUCAGAGAUUGCGUCUAAAGCCUGCGACUGUGGGAGAACCGAGUUAGCCAUUAAGCUUUUAGAGUAUGAGCCGAGGUCAGGCGAGCAAGUGCCGUUGCUUUUAAAGAUGAAGAGAAGCAAACUUGCCCUGAGCAAAGCCAUUGAGAGUGGUGACACUGAUCUUGUGUAUACUGUUGUAUCAUAUCUAAAAAGCGAAUUGAAUCGAGGAGACUUCUUCAUGACCUUGCAGAAUCAGCCCGUUGCUUUGAGCUUAUACAGACAGUUUUGCAAACAUCAAGAGCUUGAAACGCUGAAAGACUUGUACAAUCAAGAUGAUGACCACCAGGAACUUGGAAACUUUCAUGUUCGUUCCAGUUAUUGCACAGAAACGAGAAUUGAAGGCCGUGUUGCCGAGCUGCAGAAUGCAGUAGAUGAGUACAACAAAGCCAAAAAUGAGCUGGCAGCCAAGGCGACUGAGGAUCAGAUUAAACUGCUAAGAAUGCAACGUGAGCUACAAGAAAAAUAUGAUAAACCAUAUCUAGACUACUCUCUACAUGAUACGGUUUAUAAUCUAAUUCUAGAUGGGAUGCACAAAAGGGCAGAACAGCUGUACAAAGAGUUUAAAAUUCCUGACAAAAGGUAUUGGUGGUUGAAGAUUUCCGCCUUGGCAGAGAAAGAUGACUGGGAAGAACUAGAGAAAUUCUCCAAAAGUAAAAAGUCACCAAUUGGCUAUUUGCCUUUUGUUGAACUAUGCAUAAAACACCAAAGCAAGAUUGAAGCAAAGAAGUAUGCCCUGCGUGUAAGUCCAGACCAGAAAGUGAAAGCAUUCAUUUUAGUUGGAGACUUAGAUCAAGCUGCGGAUGUAGCCAUUGAGCAUAAAAAUGAGAAUGAAAUAAACAUGGUUUUGGCAAAGUGUACUUCAGCUACCAAUAAAUCUGUAGAAGAAAAAAUCAAAAACUUUAAAGCACAGACACAUAAGAAAUAAAUUAUUAUAUGCUCAUCUUGUGACUCAAUUUUAACACAUUUUCUUUUAUUUCAUACAUCUGUAUAUAAUGUAAAAUAUGCUAAAUAUAUAAAUGGCUCCUGUUAAAAAUGCUCUUGAGUGAUUAGAUUUGAGAUUAUUUGUGAUGUAUUUUCAAUAUGUUUCUCCAAAUAUGUUUGCACUGUAAUCCUAUGCAGUCCUUAUGCUCACCUGUGUUAAUUGUUUCUAUAUUUAUGUAAAACAUAAAUCUGUGAACAUGUGACAGAUUUUUUUUUUACACUGUCCUCAUAAUACUCAAAAAUUUGAUGGAAACCAUGUAAAAAAAAAGAAGCAUUUAAUAAUUUGGCAUUGUUAUUGUCUGCAUCAAUAAAUAGUACAUACUGUUUAAAUUUAAACUAAUAUAGCAGUGCACUGCUUAUGUGUUUAUCUGCCAAUGAAUAUUACAGGGAAAUACAUAUCACUGAUACAGUUGUAUUAGUGUCAGCUUUUACUUUGUCAUACAAAAAAAAGUAAACAUUUCCUAUGGAUGCCCAUUUAAUUUUGCAAUACACAAAUAUACACUAUUUAAAAAUGUAA